UCUAAAUCUAAAAUAUCAACGCUACGUCAUUUUGACGUUACAAGGACGAAGUUUGUUGAAGCGAUGUUCCUCGGAGUGUAGUGGUAGGUGGUAGGAUGGUAGGUCGCUGGUACGAUGUACCCAUUGAUUGCCGUUGCCCUCGGCGUGGCGUUUGUUCUGCUACUGCUGGCUGUGAGAUGGCAGUGGCGGUCCUAUAAGGUCGAACCAGAAUGUCAAUCGUGCCAAGCUCAAGUGGUGCACCGGCUCUGCCCUCAUCACAACGUCGUGCAGGGGUUCCGGCUGGAGCAGAAGGACAGCCUCGAUGAGCACCUGGAUGUACUCACCAGAAAACUUGCUGACAAGGAAGGUCGCCUCCGCCUUUCCAAGUCCAAGAUCCGUGAGACGCAAAAUGAGAUCGACAAUCUCCACGCCAUCGACUACGACGUGCGCCUGAAGUACCGCGAGAUCAUGGAGUCGCUGAAGAAGGACUUGAUGUAUAACGAGAAGGAGUGCAAGAGGCUGCAGGAGCAAAUCGAAUGGGUGUCCCGGAGGCGGGCCGAGUUGAAAGAUGAGGUGCGACUCGGUCAGAGACUGUACGGGGAAGCGGCCGCGGAACUGGCCAGUAAUUUAUCUGAACUGCAGCGAGGUCGCGGCCAAGAUUACAAGAUAACAGAGAAGCCACACGUCCAGCGCUCAGUCACCGAGCUGCGUCACAGAAAGGAGCCGCAUCUACCGCGACCGAACCCGGCUGCGUCGUUGGUGAUAAAAACGUCACCACCGCAGACGUCUGAAGCGAUCGUCACGCAUUUCGACUCGUAACAAAAAAAUGUGACAAAUUUUUAUUUUUAUUUUUACAAUGUAUUUAUUAAAUUUAUUUGCGACCUUGUCAUA